AUGUUGAAAAGGUGGUUAUCAGUAAGUAAAACUAGUAAAAAGAAACAAAUAUCAAAGAAAAAGGAAGCUAGUGAGCAAAAUGAAUCAUUACAGGAUGUAGAACCACUACGUACCAUAGUUAGUGUGGCUUCGACUACUGUAAAUACGAACAACAGUGAUGAUCAAGAAAAAAAUGAGGAAAAUGAUAGCAGCAUAUCAUCAAAAAACGAAACUGAUCUCAUUUCACAGUCAAUCCCCGAUAAACCAGAUAGACUAUUCGAUGAUAAAAUAAAUCCAAGUGAUGAACUAAUUGAUUCAGAAAAGUAUGAAACUGUGUUUGAUGAUACCUUUGAUGAUAAAAUUACUAGAACUAUUAUAUCAGAGGAAGAAAUUUACAAUAAUAUUAGUUUUAUAGAAAAAACUGAUUUGAUGCCAUAUGGUAAUGGUUCUAACAAGAUAUUUGGUUAUGAAAACUUUGGUAAUACAUGUUAUUGUAAUUCUGUAUUGCAGUGCUUAUAUCAUAUACCUGAGUUUCGUUUUAAUAUAUUAAAAUAUCCGUUGAGACCUUCAAAUCAACCUGUUUGGAAACAGAAGACAGAAAUGUCAGGGAAAACACCAAGGAUAUUUACAGAACAAAGUUUUGAAAAAAAUAUGACCUCUAAAAUGCAAUUAUUUGAUAAUACAGAUAGUAAUAACAAUAUCAAUAUCAAUAAUGAUAAUAUAAAUAAUACUAAUACAACCAAUAUUGAUAUUCAGAAACAUAAUGAAAAUAAAUCAGAUAAUAAUGAUUCCAAACUUUCGACGUCAGGAAGGCGGAAAUUAUUAUCUGGAUGGUUGAAAUAUUCUAAUAAAAAUUUAGAUCAAGGAUCAAAUAAAUUGGUGAAUCAGCUAAGUUCAACUGAAAACCAAGAAGAAGCGUCUGAUCUUUCAGAUGAAGAUCAAGAAAAUAUCAGUAAUGAAAAUGGGGAUAGUCAGAUGCCAUCUUCAAAUCAAUCAAGAAAUCCUUCAAGAUAUAAAAGAAUUAUUGUGGGUCGUCGUUUGCCUACUAUAUCAAUAACAAACCACAACAACAAUCAUUUGUUACUAAACCCAGAACGAGAAAGAAGCCAGGUAUCGAAUGAAUUAUUGGUACAAGCGAAUGAAAAGAGUAUUGAAUUAAGUAAUGACCAACGGAAAAAAAGAGCAUUAAUUUUAGGGCCUAUUUUGAAUGUUGAUUAUUCUAUCUUUAAUGAAAAUAAGCCAAAUCUUUAUUCGGCCUUGAAAGAUAUAUUUGAGUCGAUUACUGAGAAUGAUUCGUUAACUGGUGUUGUAUCACCAACAAGGUUUAUUCACAUCCUUAAGAAGGAAAACGUUUUAUUUAAUACUAUGAUGCAUCAAGACGCCCAUGAAUUUUUAAACUUCCUAUUGAAUGAUUUAAGUGAUUAUGCAGAUAGUAAUUUGGAUGGUUUUCAAAGUAUUCAAAAUAAUUCAAAUUUUAUCAAGAAUUUAUUUCAAGGGACUCAGUCUAGUAGAAUUAAAUGUUUAACUUGUGAUUCUGUGACUACUAAUAAUGAACCCUUUUUAGAUUUCCCAAUUGAAGUCAAUGAAAACGAAACUACUGAUAUCCAGCGAAUUUUGCACGAGUUUCAUCAAAGAGAGAUAUUAAAUAGUGGUAAUAAAUUUUACUGUAAUGUCUGUUGUGGAUUGCAAGAAGCAGAAAGAGUUGUAGGUAUAGAAGAUUUACCGCAUGUACUAGCAUUGCAUUUGAAGAGAUUCAAGUACUCAGAAGAAAAAAAUACUAAUAUUAAAUUAUUUAAUAGGAUAGAAUAUCCAUUAGUUUUGAAUGUCCAUUCUACUUUUGACCAAUCUGUAGCUAAAAGAUAUGAAUUAGUUGGUCUGGUAAUACAUAUGGGUGGUGGUCCACAGCAUGGUCACUAUGUCUCAUUAUGUAAAACAGAAAAUUUUGGUUGGUUAUUCUUUGAUGAUGAGACUGUGGAGACUGUGGAAGAGUCCACCGUCCUGAAAUUCACUGGUGAUGGUAAUAAUUUAACUACUGCAUAUGUUCUAUUUUAUAAGGAAAUUGAUUCUAAUGUUGAGUCAGUCAAACUGUUUGAUAAAGAUCCUACUUCAAAAAGAGAAUAUCAAGAAAAUAUUGAUAGUUUGCUAAAAUAUGAUUCAAUAGAAAGACAGAAGAGAACUGAGUCAGCAAUUACAAGGGAACAUGGUAUUGAAUACAUCAAUAAUAGUUCUGAUAAUUUAGAUGAAAGUGAGGCGAUCUACGACUCUACUGUAAUCACAGAAGGAAGUGAGAAUGAUAUGCUUGUUUCAAACAAAUCCAGAAGAUCUAGGUUGUUUAGUUUUAUGAAAAAGGGUGAUUAA